AUGGAGUACGAGUCUGUGCUGUGUGUGAAGCCAGACGUCAGCGUCUACCGGAUUCCACCCCGGGCCUCCAACCGCGGCUACAGGGCAUCUGACUGGAAAUUAGACCAGCCUGAUUGGACUGGUCGCCUCCGAAUCACCUCCAAAGGGAAGACUGCCUAUAUCAAACUUGAAGAUAAAGUUUCAGGGGAGCUCUUUGCUCAGGCACCAGUAGAACAAUAUCCUGGUAUUGCUGUGGAGACAGUGACAGAUUCCAGCCGUUACUUUGUAAUCAGGAUCCAGGAUGGCACUGGGCGCAGUGCAUUCAUUGGCAUUGGCUUCACAGAUCGGGGAGAUGCCUUUGACUUUAAUGUCUCCUUACAAGAUCACUUCAAGUGGGUAAAGCAAGAAACUGAGAUUUCCAAAGAAUCUCAGGAAAUGGACAGUCGUCCCAAGUUGGAUCUAGGCUUCAAGGAAGGACAGACCAUCAAGUUGAGUAUUGGGAACAUUACAACCAAGAAAGGUGGUGCUUCUAAGCCCAGGACUGCAGGAACUGGGGGUCUAAGCUUACUUCCCCCACCUCCCGGAGGCAAAGUCACUGUUCCCCCACCAUCCUCAGUAGCUAUCAGCAAUCACGUCACCCCGCCACCCAUUCCCAAGUCUAACCACGGAGGCAGUGAUGCAGAUAUCCUCUUAGAUUUGGAUUCUCCUGCUUCUAUCACAACACCAGCACCAGCUUCAGUUUCUGCAAGCAAUGACUUGUGGGGAGACUUCAGUACUGCAUCCAGCUCUGUUCCAAACCAGGCACCACAGCCAUCCAACUGGGUCCAGUUUUGAGUAGCAUUGGCAGGACAUUAAGGACAGACUUGAAGAAUAAAAAUGACCUUGAGGGCACCAAUCUCUGAGGGAGGUUAGGAACCCUUUUCCCUCCCCAGAACCAAAAUUGAUGGACAAUCUUUUACAUAGCAUCUCCAUUGUAUUCAGGCUGAUUUAUGUCACUUCCCUAUAUUGUUACUUGCUGUACAUUCAAGAGAGAUCUGUUAUUUCCUGCUCAUUACCACAGCAGAAUAGUGGAUCUUACAAUACCUAUGGCUGACUGCAGGGUUCUGAAGGCCAAUGACUUUGAGAGGGGAAUGACUUCUAACAUUUAUAAAGAUUUUCUCCAUCUUCUAAAUUCUUAAAUGUAUUUCAGAAUCAUCUCAUGACCCUUGUGUGCCUCUUUGUGAAGCCCUCUUCACCAAUUUCAGGGGAAAGAAAAGGCUUGAAACUUUUUGUUUUUUUAAACCCAAUACUCUCAAAAUGGAUGGGCUGACCUCAGUAUUUACAAAAUUCAGAACUUUGACGCCUGGGCUACAUAGUGACUUCAAGGCCAGCCUGAACUACAUAGCAAGAUCCUGUCUCAGAAAAAAAAAAAAAAAAAAAGAAUAUGGAGAGAGAGAAUAUGGAUAGAGGCAGGUUUGGAGAAAGCUGUGUGUCCUGGGUCUCUUCUUUCCAGCCUCCUUCAGGCUUUCCCUUUUCAGCCAACAGUGAACACUCAGUGCUUGGUGUAGCUCCAUUACCCUCUUGGGUGUUUACAUGUCUCUUCCUGAGAUGAGAGGGUUGUGUUGGCAGCACUGCCACUGUUCUUUGCUGUUUGUUGAUUAAUGCAGCAUCGUUGAGCAGUGGGUGUUUUUAAGGUGGAGGAGGUUCAAGGGACUGUGCUUUCUAAAUUAUAGAAGAGUUGAAUUUCUUGCAGCUCCACCUGGUUGCUGCAUUGGAAGCACAGCAUUCAUUCGUAGCCAACCUUUUAUUUAACUUAACAUUGAAGAGUUUAGAGUUUUUAA